GAUCUGGAUCUCCGGGAAUUUCCCUGGCCCGGGGCUCCGGGCUUUCCAGCCCCAGCCAUGCAUAAAAGGGAUUCACCAUGCUCAGAGAGCCACAGAGCCCAGGCCACAAGCAGCUCCUUGCCAGCUCUCCCUCUCCUCGCACAGCCGCCCGAAACGCCUGCUGAGCCCCAUGGCCUCCCCCGCUCUCUCCACCGCCCCUAGCAAUCUCCGGCUCCUGCGGGUGGCGCUGCUGCUUCUGCUCCUGGUGGCCGCCAGCCGGCGCGCAGCAGGAGCGUCCCUGGUCACUGAACUGCGCUGCCAGUGCUUGCAGACCCUGCACGGAAUUCACCCCAAGAACAUCCAAAGUGUGAAUGUAAAGGCCCCAGGACCCCACUGCGCCCAAACCGAAGUCAUAGCCACACUCAAGAAUGGGCAGAAAGCUUGUCUCAAUCCUGCAUCCCCCAUGGUUAAGAAAAUCAUCGGAAAGAUGCUGAACAAUGGCAAAUCCAACUGACCAGAAGGAAGGAGGAAGCUCAUUGAUGGCUGUUCCUGGAGGCGUAGCUGCCCUUACAGAAACAGAAGAGGAAAGAGAGACUCAGCUGCAGAGGCCACCUGGAUUGAGCCUAAUGUGUUUGAGCAUUGCUCAGGAGAAGUCUUCUAUUUAUUUAUUUAUUUGUUUGUUUCUUUUAGAAGAUUCUAUGUUAAUAUUUUACGUGUAAAAUAAGGUUAUGAUUGAAUCUACUUGCACACUCUCCCAUUAUAUUUAUUGUUUAUUUUAUGUUAAACCCAAGUUAGUUCAAUCCUGAUUCAUAUUUAAUUUGAAGGUAGAAGGUUUGCAGAUAUUCUCUAGUCAUUAUGUUAAUAUUUCUGAGUGGAUGACAUAUCAAAUGUCAGCCACUGUAAUAGAGGCUGGGGGAUCCAAGAAAAUGGCCAGUGAGAUCAAUGUGAGGGCAGGGGAAUGUAUGUGUAUCUAUUUUUGUAACUGUAAAGAUGAAUGUCAGUUGUUAUUUAUUGAAAUGAUUUCACAGGGUGUGGUCAACAUUUCUCAUGUUGAAGCUUUAAGAACUAAAAUGUUCUAAAUAUCCCUUGGACAUUUUAUGUCUUUCUUGUAAGGCAUACUGCCUUGUUUAAUGUUAAUUAUGCAGUGUUUCCCUCUGUGUUAGAACAGAGAGGUUUCGAUAUUUAUUGAUGUUUUCACAAAGAACAAGAAAAUAAAAUAUUUAAAAAUAUAAAA